AGCUGCUAGACGAGGGUUGUAUGAAGUUGUAAUGUAUCUGUUAAAACACGGAGUAGAUGUACAUUAUGUUGAUGAUCGCCAUAACAACCUGUUAAACAUACUUUUAUCUAACUUUGAUAGUGAUGACGAACCAGAUAGACGUGAUUUGUUAUUACAAUGUGUAGUUAGAUUAGUUGAUCUUGGUGUAGAUGUCAACCAGGAGUAUGGUGAUAAACUGACACCUAUAUUUAUAGCUGCUAGACGAGGGUUGUAUGAAGUUGUGAUAUAUAUGUUAAAACACGGAGUAGAUGUACAUUAUGUUGAUGAUCGUCAUAACAACCUGUUAAACAUACUUUUAUCUAACUUUGAUAGUGAUGACGAACCAGAUAGACGUGAUUUGUUAUUACAAUGUGUAGUUAGAUUAGUUGAUGCUGGUGUAGAUGUCAACCAGGAGAAUGAUUGUAAACAGACACCUAUAUUUAUAGCUGCUGGACGAGGGUUGUAUGAAGUUGUAAUGUAUCUGUUAGAACACGGAGUAGAUAUAUAUCAUGUUGAUAGAUAUAAGAACAACCUGAUACAUCAACUUUUAGCUAGCUAUAACAGAUAUGACAAACCAGAUAGACGUGAUUUGUUAUUACAAUGUGUAGUUAGAUUAGUUGAUGCUGGUGUAGAUGUCAACCAGGAGAAUGAUGAUAAACUGAUACCUAUAUUUAUAGCUGCUAGACGAGGGUUGUAUGAAGUUGUAAUGUAUCUGUUAAAACACGGAGUAGAUGUACAUUAUGUUGAUGAUCGUCAUAACAACCUGUUAAACAUACUUUUAUCUAACUUUGAUAGUGAUGACGAACCAGAUAGACGUGAUUUGUUAUUACAAUGUGUAGUUAGAUUAGUUGAUCUUGGUGUAGAUGUCAACCAGGAGUAUGGUGAUAAACUGACACCUAUAUUUAUAGCUGCUAGACGAGGGUUGUAUGAAGUUGUGAUAUAUAUGUUAAAACACGGAGUAGAUGUACAUUAUGUUGAUCGCUAUAAGAAUAACCUGUUAAACAUACUUGUAUCUAACUAUAGAUAUUACAAACCAGCUAGGCGUGAUUUGUUAUUACAAUGUGUGGUUAAAUCAGUUGAUGCUGGUGUAGAUGUCAACCAGGGGAAUGAUGAUAGAGAUACACCUAUAUUGAUAGCUGCUAGUAAAGGGUUGUAUGAGGUUAUGAUAUAUCUUUUAAAACACGGAGUAGAUGUACAUUAUGUUGAUUGUUUAAAACGCAACAUUCUUCACCAUGUUUUAGUUUUUUCGGAUUCCCAUGUUAAAUUUGAAGAGAAGUGUAUACAGGUCGUUAAUACUUUAAUAAAAACAGGAGUAGACAUAAAUCAACCUGACAAUGAUGGUAAAACCCCGUUGUUCUAUGUCGUUCGAAUCUACGCGGAUAAACGGCUUGAACGGAUCGAAUUACAAUCGAAACUAAAGACAGGACAGGACAGUCGUGGUCCACUGUAUUUUAAAUUGGUUAACAUUUUAUUAAAAGCUGGUUGUAAUGUGAACCAUCAAAAUAAACUGGGACGAACGGCUUUAAUGAGCUAUAUAAAAUACCAAGCUGAUAUCAGUAUAUUAAAACUGUUAAUUCCACAUUCUGAUCUAAGUUUAACUGAUAAUAAGGGUAAAACAGCAAUUAGGUAUUGUGUCAAAUAUCACAUGUUCAAUUCUACAGCCGUCUUUAAACUUUUAGUAGAUUCAGGUUCAGAUCUGAUGUCACGUGACAACGGAGUUAAGUUAUUCCAUGAUAUUUUAAAAUGUAAGAGGUUGUGGGUGUUCAGUUACAUCGGGCGUAAGUUGAUUGUUAAUGGUUUUACAAUUGAAGGAGAAAAUAUGCUUCAUCUUUUAGCUCGUUUAAACUAUGAUUAUUCUGUAAGCAAGUUUAAAUGGCUGUUAAAUAACGAACUAGACAUCAACCAUCCCUGUUUUAAUACCAACACACCUACUAUGAUAACAUCCUUUUUAUUAAACAGUAAAUAUUUAGAAUUGUUGACACAUCAUCCCAGACUAGAGAUCAAUACACAAAAUAACCAGGGUCAUACAGCUCUACACCUUUGUAUCAUUGGAUUUACUAUGUUUAAAGAUGGCUUGAACAAGAGACAGGUAAAUGAUGUUGUUAAGAAUUAUUGUAGACAGAUAUAUCCAAUAUACAUGGCUUGUAUUGAUAUUUUGCUUGGUGUUGAUGGAAUUGAUGUAAAUAUUCCCGAUAAUGGAGGUAGAACUAGUUUAAUGAUGGCUGCAAUGAAAAACGACAGAGUUCUUACAAGGAAACUACUUCAAGCUGGUGCCAUAGUUACCAUGUUAGACUAUUCAGGAAGAUCUGCUCUACAAUAUCUUAAUAUUUAUCAGAGUGUGUUUGAUUUGACUUGUUUUAAAUUACUUCUAUCUAAUGGUAGCACUGGUCUUCUCAAUUUACCCUGUAUCGAUGGUAACACAAUUAUUCAAACAACCAUGUGUUUUCCCUUUUUCUGGGAACCAUACCAUGUUGUUUGUUUUAUGAGAUAUUUAGUUGCUGAAAACUGCUGUCUUCAGAUUCUCGUACCAUCAUCACUUGAAAGUAGCUAUAACCAAAUUGAUCUUACUGAGUUAAACCUUCAAGAAAGAGAUAGGCUGAGAAAACUGUUGUAUCUUAGUGGCGCCGAAGGGGAGGAAAUUAUGACUUCGUUAAAUUUUGACGAGGAAGACAAAAGAUAUGAACGAACAGACAUUAUCCACUCACGAGACAGAGCAGAAUUCGUUAGUUUCUGUAGUAAUAUAUCUCUCAAGUCCCUGUGCAGAAGAUUCAUCAGACAGAAUCUUGGAUUGGGAAUAAAGGAGAAGGUUAAGGAUCUGGAAUUGCCUCGCGAAUUAAACGACUUUCUUCUAUUGAAAGAUGUUCUUCAUCCUAAAGAUUACAACAUAGAUAAUAUUGAUGAUGGUUGUAAUGAUGAUGAUGAUGAUGAUUAUGAUGGUUAUGAUAUAGAUAAAGAUAGAGAUGAUGAUUAUAGUCAAUAUAACUACCAGUAUUUUACUCUCAAAACGGAUCAUGAACUAAGACAAGAUUGCAUACAAACUGCGAGAUUCCCUAAUGGCUGUAUUAUUUAUGAUAAUGAAGAGGAUGAAUAUGGGUAUGCCCAUUAUGGGUUGAUAAACAAGAACAAUGUGUUACAAUAACGUAGAAGGAAGCUAAAAGUAUAUGAAUAUUUCUGCAUUGUCGAAAGGUGAUACUAUUACAGUAGCCGUAGGAACACGGAUUCAUUUCAAUUGUCGACAAAAAUAGCCUACAUCAAUAAAAAGAAAUGAAAUGAAAUGGGGUGAUACAUAUACGUCCUACUGUGUGCUAUGAGGGGAGUUUUGCCGUGCAGUGGCGCAAAGACAUUCUUAUAUCGAAUUCCAACUGCAAAGCUGCCUUUUACUGGAGAAGUGCAUUAAAGGUUGAAUGGGCGGGGCUGACCAGUUUUGACAUUUGGUUAAUCCCCCAAAUCACCAUAAGGAUUUAUAUUUUGACACAAGCGUAUUCGAGAUGUGUUACAAAAAAAAAAUUGGGGCUGCAAUGCGACCAGCGCCCUCUGGCAGUGUUCCUUAAAGCAUCACUUAAAGAAUUACGUUUUGGGGCCCCGUAUAUGUGGACAGACAGGAAGUCAAUACCACAGAGUUCAAAAAGAUGAAAACUGGUCUACCCGACAUUUUACGUUUUGCCACGGGCUCUAGCUGAAAGUCUGUUGGGAUGUAUUUUUCCUGAUGAGCCAGGCUAAUAACCCCGUCAGACUGCAGGGGUGGCGUCCUUACUGCGACGCUACGGCGAUGGAAAUUGGUCGCAGAGCGCGUCAAGAUCGACAUAAGCGCGGUAAAAGCGUGGUGGAAACGCCGAAUAUCUUGUUGUGGUCUCCAUGGUCAUGAAUGAUCGCCGAGUCACGGCGUUUGUUUUAAGCAUAUUAAAAACAAACACCAAGGCUCUAAGAUCUAAUCUGGAAAGUUGUUAUGCCCCCGUCCGACCGGGAUGGCGUCCUUACUGCGCUGCGGCGACCGUACAGCGACCAGAAAAUGCCCAAGGUCGCCGGCAAACGUGAACACAACGUGCGAAAAUGUCCCAAAAUAUUACAAACUCGAAAAAAAAAAUCGCGUUUUCACAUCUUUCCAGGGCAGAUCACAGAACCUUGGCGUUUGUUUUGAACAUACUCAAAACAAACGCCGUGACUCGGCGAUCAUUUGCGACCAUCGAGACCACAGCGCAAUAUCUGGCGUUUUUCCACGCUUUUAUCACGCUUAUGGCGAUCUUGACGUACUCUGGGUUCAUUUUCCGUCGCCGUAGCAGCGCAGUAAAGGGGUAUAAGCACACGACUUUUUUCAAGUCUGUAAUUUUUGGGGACAUUUCUCACGUUAUGUUUACGUUUCGUGGCGACCUUGUACAUUUUCUGGUCGUUGUACGGUCGCAGCAGCGCAGUAAGGACGCCACCCGGUCUGACGGUGACAUAAUGGUACUAGUCCGGUAGUCAAAGACCAAGUUAAGCUUUGCAAUGGAAAUAAAGCAGGGGCCGUAAGAGGGGGGGGGGGACUGCGACAUUUGUCCAGGGUACCGGAGGUAUGCCGCGUAAUGGUAAUGUUUAAAAAAAAUACAUUUGUUGGUAUAAAGUAAUAAAAAAACCCACAAUGUUACUUGAUCGUAAAGCAGAAGAAAACCGGUAACUUUUCUGAAUGUAGGUAUCUAGUUCCAUGGGGAAGAUUAGAAUCGGAUUCUGUCAGUUCUACUUUUUUGGAAAAAUUGGUAAAUUUAAAACUAUAAAUCACCUGCCCCAGCCUUAGUGCCCUGGAGCCCCGACCCGUUCUCGUUUGCUUUAGCAAAGUGACCUCCAGUUACCCCGGAUAUACGCCAAGUGAAGCUGACUAUGUGUCUUUCAAAGCCUUUCGCCGAGUUGCUUGUCCCAGGGCCUGGAUCUCGCUGUAGCAGGCCAUGAAGGAGCAACAUUAAGGAGCUCAGCGAUUCAAUGUUUGACACCCACUUGGUGCUUGUACUGUGGAAGUGCAUUGAAUUUUGCAUGGACAGGGCAGGCCGAUUUGCACCUUUAUGGACUCUCUGGUAUCGAGUUCCUAUCUGUCCACAUAUAAAGUAAUGCUUUUGAGGACAACGCCUGGGGGUGCUGUUCACAUUACCGCGAAAGUUGGUUUUGUAACACAUAUCGGGUACAUCUACGAAACCGGUGUCAAAAUAUAAAUCUUUCUGAUGAUUUUUGGGCCAAAUGUCAAAAUUGAUCAGCCCCACCCAUUCACCCUUUGAUGCACUUAUUCUUCAGUAAAAGACCUCUUGGCGGAUGAAAUUCGAUAUACGUGAAGGCUGGCAAAUUUUCCCUCAUAGCACACUAAGGAGGCCAAAUCGGAGCAGAGCAAUAGGAUGUAUUAACUCAUUUUAUUUCAUUUCUGCAACAAUUGAAAUGAAUCCGUGUUCCUGCAGCUACUCUAAUAGUAUCACAUAUCGGCAAUCCAGCAGUAGUUCUUUUAGCCCCCUUCUCUGUACUUGUAACAUAGUGUUCUUCUUUAUCAACCCAACAUAAUGGGGAAACACUCUUCUCUGCAUCAGCAUUCGUUUCUGCUGUUAAGAUGCAUAAAUGAACUAAUUUUGGAAGAAAUGCGACGUCUGGUAUGCCGUUGUGACGUCACAGCAACGUCCUGACGUCAUAGAGACAUAACGUCGCAAUUUUUGGACUAGCUGAUACCGACUUCCUAUGUGUCCGCAAUACAUUUAUGGUGUCUAAAUCCAAUAGCUUUAGAGAUAUUUGCAAUUUUUGAUCGACAACCGCCAUCUUGGAUUUGGCCACGCCCCCUGGCCUUAUUUGGACUCCGAUUUUGGUAAACUUUCUUUUCCUUACUUAGGACAUCAUAAUGAGUCAAUAGAAAUCAAAAAACCUUUUGUUGCAAUUUGUUCUACGUCAAAUGUUAGUUUGACCCGCCUAAUAGGUAAAGAUAGAGAUGAUGAUUAGUCAAUAUAACUACCAGUAUUCUACUCUCAAUACGGAUCAUGAACUAAGACAAGAUUUCAUAAAAACUGCUAGAUUCCCUAAUGGCUGUAUUAUUUAUGAUAAUGAAGAGGAUGAAUAUGUUGAUUGGACCAAGAUUGCAUAAAAUCUGACACAUUCCCUAAUGGCCGUAGUUUUUAUGAUAAUGAUACUGAUAAUGAUUAUGUGAAUCUCGUCACACUAAGAAGACAAUAUUUCAUAAAACCUGAGAAAUUCCCUUAUGGUCGUAGUUUUUCUUAUGAUGGUAUUGAUACUGAUAAUGAUAAUGAUUAGGUGAAUCCCGUCACACUAGAUAUAUAAGAAUAAUCAGUUGAAAAUAUCAGAAAGUUUGUUAAUAUUAUAAUGCAAACAAAUUCCCAUAACAAGGGCAAAGGUCAAAGUUCGCAAAUUAAAAAAGGUUACAAAACGGCAUGGUAUAGUUGAAAACACGCUGCCCUCUGAUUAAUUACACACGCCGUCUAACCAUAUGUAGCACACACGUAAACCGCUCUCUUGCCAUAAUAUAGGCAAUUAAAGACUAACUUUAUCAAAAUGUCAACACGUGUUUUAAACAGGAAGUUGCACUCAACUUGACAAUAAACAAUACAAAAAUCAUAACUUGGAUUCCUACAGAAGGUUAUGUCUAUCAAAUGGACAUGGAUCUAACAUAGUUAACUGGGGCCAAAUAUAAAAAUAUCAAAAUGAUUAAAUCGGGUAGCUACAGAUCAUGCUCAUGCCUACCAGUACAGGCGUGUCAAAAAACCCGGGGCCUGUUUCACGAAAUUUUAACUAAGAUAAAAUCCAAAUUUUAGUAAUUUUAUAGGAUAAUAUUAGAUUGAUUUUAGUGUUUAGCCAAUCAAAAUUGAAGUAUCUACUAAAAUUUGGAUUUUAUCUUUAGUUAAAAUUUCAAGAAACAGGGCCCUGGUUUGUAGUUACUGUAUACAUGUAUCUAGUUCCACUGUAACAAGGGUUCCACUGUAACUAGAAUUUAUAUGAGUUCCUCACCUAGGCUUGACUGAUGUAUAAUAAAUACGUGUUUUUGUUGUAAAACCUUCAGUUGUUCAGAUAAACGUGAUAAAAUUGUGUAAAUAUAAAAAUAUAAAAUCAUUUGAUGUAAAAUAAGAAAAGAAAAUAUAUUGUACGAGAAAUA